AUCGACUUCCAAUUGAGGAAAAGGAAGGCUCAAGAACUAAAUGGGAUUUGGGACGAUUUGCUGGUAAAUUCGCUGGAGCCGUCAAAGACAAAGCAGAAGAGGUUGUCGAUGAGUUGGAAACACUUGGAAAGCACGCCGUUGAAACCAUUAAAGAGCGACUUCCAACCGAGCAAAAGGAAGGUUCGAGAACUAGAUGGGGAUUUGGACGAUUAUCUGGCAAAUUGGAUAGAGCUGUGAAAGACAAAUCAGUACAGGCUGUCGAUGACCUGGAAUCUCUAAGUCAAGAUGCAGGCUCCCGAUGGGGUUUAGGACGAUGGGUAGGCAAAGUUGUUGGGGCUGUUAAAGAAAAGACUGAAAAAGCUGUAGACCGAUUGGAAACCUUAGGUGAAACGGCUGUCGAGACAAUCAAAGAAAAGGGAGAUAAUAUGGAAAUAAGCCAAUCCCUCUCAGAUGUUAAGGUACCAACAGAUUGGAAUAACAAUUUAGAGUUACCAGUUUCGACCUCUGAUAUGAUUCCAAAACCAAUGUACGACGAAUCAUCCUUAUCGGUGUCGUCACCAUCUAAAGAAGUUAUUGAAAAAGAACUUCAGCAGGCGAUGGAUGAGUUCAACGCCAAACAGAAGGAAGGUCUCGAUGAAGAAAGUUUGAACAUACAUUUGGGUGAUAGUGAUAGUGGCGCACCAGCUCCAGUCGCCGAUUUUGAUGUUAAUUCCGGAGAUGCUUUCGAUGUAGCCCAACCAAACCCUGACAUAUCCUUUAAUGUAAACGAUGCUGAUGAUUCUUUCGGGGUCCAAGAGCACCAAAUCAUCCCUGAGCACAGUUUCGAUGCCACCCAGCAAGAAAUUGUUCCUCAAACAUUGGAUCUCAAUGUCGAAAAGAACCAAGAACCAAUUGAAAAUACUUUGGAUUUCGGAUCUGUAGACAUGCUUCCAGCUAAACCGGCUGUUGCUGAAUCCACACCACAAGAAGAGACCUUUAAAGUCGAUGGUUCCAGCUCUGUCGAUGCUCAGACUGGACCUGCUAAGGAAGAUGUCAUGACCAUCAACUUCGGAUAA